AUGGUUGUAACGCCGAAGAAGUCGUCGCCGAAGCCUGCAUACCGAACUCCUACGAAAAUCCUUCAAGAGCGAUAUCAGCGCUUCAUCGAACCUCCAAAGCUAUGCACCAGAAAAGAAAUGGUAAGUUUUGGUUGAGACGACAGGGCUAAAUAAAGGAUUUUUGGCAACGAAGAGGAGGGUCUUACUUUCUUGAUUGACUGCGUUUUAGUCUUCGAGCUUGUUUACUAGCAAAAUUUUAAGUUUUUGCAUUUUUUUGGUGUUGUAGAUUAGCUGUUUCCAAAUUUGAUGCAUUUGGAGAUAAACGGAAUGUUGUAAUGUUUCAUAGAUGUCCAGUUGCUCGUUGACAAAGAUGCAUGGUAGUUUACUGCGUUUUACAUUGAAAAGCUCUAAUUGUUUACCUUUUGUUAUCCAUGCUCUUUCAGUGUAUGCAACAUCCAAGGGAAUGCCAACGCAUGCGCAACGAUGCUCGCCUUUGUCGCACCGCUCCAAUGAGCUUCAAGAUCGGAAAGACACGGUCCGUGAUGGGUUCGAAUCGACCGAAAGUCGUGAGUUUCAAGGAAACUCGUAAGUUAUUGGUCUUGCUUUGUUAUUCCGCUUUUAGCACCACCUUUAAGUGAUUACUAUAGUCCAAGCAAGCUCGAACAGUAUCUGGACCAAGUGUUCUCCAAGAUCCACACCGUUGGAAGCGGAUCGUUUGGGAAUGUAGGUUCUUUUCGCAAGGUUCAUGGGUGGUAUGAUUUGAAGGUCUUUUUUGGACCACAAAUGCGUAUGCAGUGUAUUUGAUUUGCAUCUUCUUUCAGGUAUACUGCAUGAAAUCACUGGAAGAUGGCGGCUAUUACGCCGUCAAAUGCUCUCGAGAACCGUAUCGUUCCCGUCGUCACAGGACUGAGAAACAGCGAGAAGUGAUGUUUCUGGAACGCUUGGAUCAUAGCAAUAUCAUCCACUUCUAUUCGGCUUGGGAGGAGAACGACCUUCUUUACAUCCAGACCGAAUUGUGCGAGAAAUCUCUUCAGACUUACAUCAUGGACAUGGACGGACAAAUACCGGAAGGGACCAUUUGGAAUGCGUUUGUGGACAUGCUGCAGGUAAGUGGCGUUUUAUUGCGUUGGAUCUCAUGCGUAAUAUCGUUUUGGAAUGUUGUCGCUCUGGUUUCAGGCGUGCAAAUACAUCCAUUCAUUAGACAUUGUACAUGUGGACAUCAAGCCUGACAAUAUUUUCAUUUCCACCAAGCAAGUCUUCAAGCUUGGUGAUUUUGGAAUAGCCGUGGAUUUGAAAAACGUGAGUUGCUUGCUUUUUAUUUGGUUGUCUUUCUUAUCUGGCAUCAUCCAGUACGCUAUCGAAUAUUUCAGGAUUCAAGUCUUGAUCAAGAUCAUGAAGGAGACGCCAAAUACCUAGCCAAAGAAGCCCUCAAUAUGGAGACAGUAACCACGAAGAUGGACAUGUUCAGUCUUGGCCUCUCAAUCUUCCAAAUGGCCACCGAUCUCUGGGUCCCGGCCAAUGGGCAAGCCUGGCAAGAUGUAAGAGACCUAAAGUUUAGCAAGGAUAUAUUGGAAAGUAAGUUUAGUGAGGUCUCAGGGCGUUUGGUUCUUUUUUAUCGCUUUUAAUACCCUUUCUUUCAGAAUGCGAGUCGUCAUUGAGGAAGAUCCUUUUAAGAAUGAUGGAUCCUGAUCCUGAGGAACGCCCUGAGGCCAAGGAAGUCCUGAAGUUGGAAGAAGUCAGAGGCAAAGCCAAGAGAAGGAUCGUUACCACCGCCAAUUUGGUAAGUUAUUAAAGUUGUAACUGGGAAUAAUCUUGUGGUGCUUGACGUUACAGUAGACAAUUCUGAACAUGUGUAAAUAAUAUAAAUGGUGAUUUCAGAGCUGGAACGAUUCCCGAAUGUCGUACUCAGAGUCCAGUUUCAAGGAUCGUCUCCUCACUCCCCCAUCUCAGCGCCUCUUCGAGAACUCGUCUAUGUACACUCCUGUUCGUCGUCCUCCCUCUCUCAAACGCUGCUUCAAAAUACUACCGGAGCAGUUUCUUCCCUCCCAAGUACUAACUGAGUCAUCCUUCGGGUAA